AUCUGGCGGCCGUGCAGGCGACUACAACCAUCACCGAAACCCCUCCUCUCUCUCUCUCUCUCUCUCUCUCUCAAUGGCCUGUAGGAGGAGCGAGGUGAAUGGCUGUGAUGGGGUUACCGAAGAGGUUACUCGGAGGGAUUUCCCUAAAGAUUUCGUUUUCGGAGCCGCGACCUCCGCUUACCAGGUUGAAGGCGCAAGAAGAGAGGGUGGAAAAGGUGAUAGCAUUUGGGAUGUUUUCUCAGAGCAAAAAGAUAAUAUAAAGGACAGAAGUAAUGGAGAUAUUGCAGUGGAUCAAUAUCAUCGCUACAAGGAAGAUGUGGAGCUUAUGGCCAAACUAGGUUUUGGUGCUUACCGAUUUUCUAUAUCUUGGACUCGUAUAUUUCCCGGUAUGCUUUGUUACCCAUUUUCAUUAAUUUAA